AGAUUGACGUUAAUUUUUACUCCGAGUAGAACAGACGUUUGGAAUUCAAGAUUGAAACAUGGGUCUUGCAGCUUCGAGACAAGAGGCAUUUUGGGAAUCUUGUGGCUUUGGACAUGUUGAAAGAGCCAGGCAUUUCCUAGAACAGGGUGACAUAGAUGUAAACUGGGUAUCAUACACAAAUGAUUGCUGUCCAAUACAUGUAGCAUCACAGGGAAAACCAGAUAUUGUUAAAUUGUUGCUGGAGCAUAAAUGUAAUGUAAAUGUGAGGGACAAUCGUGAUAAUCUUCCCCUUCACCAUGCAGCAAUGAAAGGACAUGCUGAUAUUGUACAGACACUUCUAGACGCUGGGUCAGAAAUUAAUGCCCAGGAAAAGAAUGGAUGGACAGCACUUCACAAUGCAGCAUACUGGUGUCAUCCGGAAGUGGUUCGUGUCUUGUUGAAAAAUGGCUGUGAUGUUCAUAUACAAAAUAAGGAUGAGAGGACAGCAUUACACGAGUGUGCCCGCUCGCAGCAGAAAAAUGACCAGAAGCUUGGCGAGAUAGCUCAGAUAUUGAUUGAUGCUGGAUGUGAUAUAAAUAGUAAAAGUAGUGACUGGGGAGAGGCUGACCUGACUGGUUUGAUGUAUGCUUCAUUUCACAACCAUCCUGAUGUAGCUAGCGCACUUAUUGAGGCCGGAUGUGAACUAAAUUCUGUUGGAACUACAUUUUGGAGCGCCCUACACUGGGCGGCAGACAGAGGGAAUGAUGAGCUGGUCUAUAUUCUACUUGAUGCUGGAAUUGAUCCUACAAUCAGAGACAUGCGAGGUGAGACUGCCGCAGAGAGGGCACAGACUGAUGAUAUUAAAGAGUUUAUAAAGACAGCAAUUGUAAUACAGAAAGACUUGACCAAGGUGAAACAACCAGUAAUUAGACCUGCUAGACAACUCUGUAAACCUGAGGAACCAUUUAAACCUAAAUGUGAUGCCAACUUUAAGUCACAGUCAUUCUUGCCAAAAGACUGGAAACCUUCAAAUCCUGUGAAUGUGAAAAAUCUAAUAAACGAGAAGAAAUCACGCCUUGCUGCUAUGACAUCACAAAAAUAUAGAAAUGAUCUUGCCAGGAGAACUGGUACUGGUGUUAUAAAAGAUGAAGAUAUAAAAACAUCAGAUGAUGAUAUAAAAACAUCAAGUGAUGAUAUAAAAAUGCCAAGUGAUGAUAAAAAAAAAUCAAAUGAAGAAAUAAAAAAUUCAGAUGAAGAUAUAAAGAAGUCAAGUGAGGACAUCAAGAAAUCUGUUGAAGAUGUUGAGACAUGCAAUGAAGAUAUAAAGAAAUCUGAUGAAGACUUAAAGAAUACAGAUGACAAUACAAAGAUACCAGAGGAAGAUAUAAAGGACUCUAAUUCUAAUAAAGACAUAUUAGAAUCUGAAAAUGAUCUUAAGUUUGAGGAACAGCCUCGUGGUAACCCUGAUGCUGACAAGGUUGCAGAGGAUUAUAUAGAAAGAACUAAUAUAGAUGCUUCUCAAGAUACAGAUGCAAAUGAAUACAAUGUAAACACAAAUGUUGAAGAACUGCCAAUUUUUGAAUGUUCAGAGAAUAUGAACAGUGUUAAUGAUAGAACAGACAGUUUACAAAGUGAUAAAAGUGACAAUAUGAAUGAAACAGUAAGUGAUAAUAAAGAAAUAAGCAAAGAUUCUGAAAAUGAAAAUAUGCAAAAAGAAGAUGACCACUAAGAAAAGAAGAAAAUAGUUGUGAUAUACUGAUAAUUUGAUUUGAAAAUAAUUAUGUAUGAUCUAAUUAGUUCUUAUUGAUCCUUUUUGAAUGACAUUACACCUGAAAUUGUACUGUGUGAGAGAUACAAGUCAUAGGUUUGUAGAGAACAGAGAAGUAAAAAAUGAUGAUACUGAUUAUCUCUCAUCAUAGAUAUUUAAUUAAAAUUGUUGUAAUGAUUAUAGAUAAAUACGGGAGCAGUAGUUUGCUUGGUAUAAGAGAAUGAUCUGGUUAUACCCACUAAUUGAAAACUAAUGAGUUUUUGAUGCAAUUAAAAAAAGAUAAUCUGAUGAAGAAAUGAACAUAAAUUGAUAAGAUUUUUUACAAAAUCUGAUGCCAUGUGCACAUUUAAUUUUC